CAUUGGUAGGAAGACCACGCCGCCGCUCAUCCGUUUCUCUCUACAGCACAAAACCUUUUAAAAGGACGUUUCGGCCCAGCUUCAAACACUGCAGGUCCAUCCAUUGGGAGGAUUAUUAUGCGUCCAAAAGCUGCUACUUCUUCACACUGAGCCUCAUCUGCUUAAGUGUCCAGGGACAUGAAACUCAGUCCACAGCAAGCUCCCUUAUAUGGCCGGUGUGUUAUCACGGUGCAGCUCACUGAUGAAGAGCUGGCUGCAGAUGAGGAGGGCGUGGACUACUUCCUGCUGUUUGCUGGCAGCACACACAGGCACCUGACCAGCACCCUAAGAAGCAGUCAUGACACCUUGCAGGCAGUGUGUCCCGCUCACGACUGCUGCGAAGUGGUGCUGGUCACCUUGUGUUCUGUUAGGCGAGGUGUCCCUGAGGACCCUGAGGACCCAAAGCCCUGUCUGAGUCGCGUGUCUCCACUGGCCGAGCAUCGAUUCAGCUUUGUCCAGGAUUUGGCUUUUGACAUGGCCCAGUUCCUGGUGAGCACGGCAGGCCGGGCUGAUGGCCUCGAUGGGGUGCUACUGCUGGAUGAGUGUCAGAUCCCCCUGCAGGAGUGUGAACGUCUGGAUGAGAGCCUGGCGUUGGCCCUCCACCACCUUGUACUGCCUCCAGAAUGGAGCUUACUGGGAAACAAACUGACCAACAGCACUGACCUGAAUCCUCAGGAGACUCUGCUGCAUUUCUCAGCUCGUCGAGGUUUGUUGCGGGUUACACACUUCUUGCUCCGGCAGUCUGGAGCAAGAGAAGCCCUGCGAUUGGCCAACAAAGAAGGCCACACCCCAUCCACAAUUGCAGCUUUACGAGGACAUGAACGUCUCCACGAGCUCCUCACAAAGGCUGACACGGACACAGAGACGGACAAAGUGACUGAGAGUGUCCACCUGGUCUCGACAGACGCCCAGGUUAUUUGCCACCUCCCCAGGCUGAACACACACACUCUGACGCUCAAAAUCCACCCUGGCCGUGAACCUCCGACCCUUCAGAGGAGUGUGGAGCAGCUGCUGCACUUGAUAUGCCAUCUCCAUGCCAAGGGAGUUUCUGUACUGGAGCUGCAGUUUGAUUGUCUGCACACAGCUGCUGAAUGUUGUGAUGCUGUAGAAACAGAGAUAACCUGUGUUGGGCAACUACAGCAGCCUGCUACAACAUCGGAGUGCUUGGAUACCACAGCUGAAGACAGCCGGGAAGAAAACUACCCAGUGGAAAGCAGCAGUUCUAAUUGUGGGCACGGUGAGACUGGGAAUACAGAGAAAGACUGGAGUUUGUCUGUGAGUACUCCAACAUCAGAAGUACGCCCCCAGGACCAUGGCCUCGGCCCCCCAGAGGACCGGGUGUGUCUUAGUUCAAACACGGGGAGAGAUUACUGCCAAAUGGAGGAGGAGGGAGGGGAGCAGCCUGUUGUUUCCACCCAGAGUUUGAAUUUGUGUGGCAGGAGUGAAGGAGCACAGAGUGAGGCAGAAGGGCCAGGCGUCACUGUGGGAAUCCUACCACCAGCAGGCUGUGGUAAACAGGCAGAGGAAACUGAUAAAGGAGAGGCUGUGAUCCGGGAAGGACAGGAGGCCACAAAGGGAGAGGACAGAUCUGAACAGGAAGAAGAGGACAACACAGCCAGUAGGAGGGAGGAGAAGACCAACUCAGAGUCAACAGAUCUAAUAACGCCCAGUGGAGACACGAAAGCUUUAGUCAUGGGCCAGUCCCUGUCGGCAGAGGGCUCAGAGGUUUCAGACAACUCUGAUUCUGAAAUGAAGGACCGCUCUCCGGAAGGGGAGACUGUUGGGAAAGAAGAGAUGAAGCUUAGCGAGGAUCUCUGUGACGGACUCUCUUUAGAGGAGGAGAAGGCAGAGAAUGAAGGGUUAACAGACAACCCAUCACUGAUAGACUGCGGUGAUGUAAUCAAGGAGCCUGAAUCUGCUUUUUCAAGUCUCUUGAUAGAAGGCCUCUGUGAGGGGGAACCUCCACUAGACAUAAACAGCCUGGAACAAAACCAGGAAACAGCUGGUAGGGAUUACGCCACAGAGCAGCAGUGGGGCUUGGCUCCAGAAACUGGUUGUCAUUCUGGGAAUUGUACUGGAACAGCGAGUGGUAAAGAGCUAGAUGAUGAAGACGUAGCUGAACCUUCUGGACAUAGUAUGGAAAACACUGCUUUUACUAUGGAUGAGACUGACAGUACAGCUGAUUGUCGGACUGCUGGUAACGCCACAGAAGAUAUUGGGAUUAAUAACGCUGACUGUGAGCAAUCACCUGAUAUGAUGCCCAGCUCUGGUAAUACACACACUGAUCUAGAUUUGUGCGUGGUCCAUGGCCUCUCCAGUGAUGACGAUGGCAGUUUCCGAUCAGUUGAAAGCUCCACAACAGAAAUAUUCCACCCCACUCAAGACAAUGCCGCUACGGAGGAGCAGGACUUGAUCCAAACCAAGACAGAAGAACUGUGCUCAUCAGGAUCUGUGAUGGAGGAACCAAAUGAUAUGAAACCUGGUGAAAGCGAUGAACAUUCACCCACCAUGGACCCAGGGCUCCCCUUGGAACCAGAUACGGUCAGUGCACUGACAGGGACGGACUGCAACCAGACUGGCACCGAGCCUGAAUCUAAACUGCCACCCAGCCUUCAGACAAUGGAGGCUUUGAAUCCUGAGGGGGCAGGAGAGGAACUUGUUCCAGAACUUUCCAAAGAGGAUCUGUCUUUUGGUCCUGUGUUGUCAAAGACUGAGGACUCCCCAGCAGUGAAUGUCGAUGAAAGCGAAAUUGGAGAGGCCAACGGCACUGACCUGAAUGCAGAGAUUGAGCAUUCAGCAUCAGAGGUCACCAGUAGGGUCUUACUUGAACCUGGUGCGUCUGACGCAGGAGAGACUGAACUGACUGGCCCAGCUGGAGGUGAUCAUCAGUCAUCAGAGACCAGUGAUAAAUCUGUGUUGGCCUCAGGAGAGGAGAGCGGACAUAUGCUACAGCAAGAGGAACAGGAUCAUUUAGAGAUGACAGCAGACGAAAGGUCACCUGACGAGGGAUUAAGGCACUCACAGAAUGAGAUCAAUGAAUCUUCAUCACAAAGUCUCGCUCUGCUUUCAGACACUACAGAAGUAGAACAGUCUUUUCCAAACAAUGAAGCGCCCAGUCAACCUCUCGUUGAAAAUGAGAUGACUGAAAAUCCAGUGACUCUUGACGCAGUGGAUGGAGCUUCAGAAAGUCACAACAGUGCAACUGAAGAGAUGGAUGUCAUCAAGUCUGAAGACAUCGUAAUUGCUGCAGGGGAGAAAGAAAUUGACACAGCAGAGGAAACAAACUUCUCCAUGAUCCACCGAGACAAAGAGGCGUCGUUCCAUCAGCCUUUCAACACUCAACACUCAGGAUCCUCGCAAUCUUCAACAUUUCCCAGUUUGCCCAGUAGGACCAGCAGUACCACCAGUUGUCCCUCCACAGCUCACAGAGAUUCUGGCAGCGACAUAGAAAGCCUCCUGAACGCAGAGCCCGGAUAUGACAGCGUCUUCAGAAAGAACGAUGAACCAGUGAUAGGAGGAGACAGUGCCAGCGAAGUUUCCGUCUCCUGCUCCUCCACAGACGACACCACCAGCGUCGGCCCGUCCAGCUCCAGUCCCGAGGGCAGCCAGGGCCUGAGCUGCAGCUGGAGCCCAGAGGAGGGCAUCCAGACUGGGGCUACUACCUCUGCAGGACUAGACGGUGGAGGAGGAGGAGAAGCUGAAGAGGAGGCCAAAGACAGAGUGACAGAGGUGCUGCGACGCUCUUGUCUCCUCCGGAACAGCAUCCGCUCCCUGUCGCCUCUUCGUCGCCACAGCUGGGGUCCUGGAAAGAACAACGGAGGAGACGCAGAGAUGAACCAGAGGAGUUCCAUCCGUAGCCCUGGUGAGGGGAAGCCGACCUUUCACAGGAGAAGCUACAGCCUGGAGGGGCUCAGCGGGGGGCAGGAAGAGCUGAGGGGCCCCACUUCCCAAGGGCCCCGAAUCCUGGAGCCUUUAAGGAUGCCCCGACAUGACAGCGAUGACAGGGGCUCACUGGUUUCUCUGACAGAGGAGCAGGAGGAGCGGGGGGAGCAUGGCAGACUACAUGACCCGAAAUCGAGGCGGUAUCGGCCUCUGCGAAACAGCUGUCCUCCCAUGUCUCUGCCCCUCACCAAGUCUGUGUCCAUGCUCGCCAUCAGCCAGAGAGACAUUGAUGGUAUGAGGUCAUUUUCCAGCACCUCUGGGUCACUAGCAUACAGUAUAUCGGAGGAGGAGCCAGGGCCUCUGCGGAGCGACACUGAGGGAAAGAGUGUGACGAAAGUCAGUCGGACCUUCAGCUACCUCAAGAACAAGAUGUACAAAAAGAACAGGGAAAAAGAAAGAGAGAAAAAGGAGAAAGACAAGGAGGGCAAGGCUGUGAACGGUCACCUGUUCACACCGGUCUGCUCAGGCCAGGCAGCCCAGUGUUCCCUGUGCAAUAAGGCUUUCAACAGCAAAGAUGUUUUCCACUGCACACACUGUAAUGCUUCCGUCCACAAGGGCUGCAGGGACAGCCUGCCUGUUUGUGCCAAGGUGAAGAUGAAGUUGCCCAAGCAGCAGUUUGCAGUACCAGAUUCAAGCUCUUUCCCCACAGUCACGAUGAGGAACAAAUCUGGUGGGACGAGGGAGCGCCCCUGGUCGGCCAUCUUGUCCCCUGAAGACCAUUCUUCUCUGACGAUCCCAUCAUCACGGAGACACACCAGCAUCAUGACCUUUCAUGGCAACAACCUGUCCAAGAGUCUAUCCAUAAGCAACAUCGCUGGUCCGGUGUUUGACGAGAUGCCCAUUAAAGGCCUGCGGUAUCUCUCCCAGUCUACUGACUCCCUCAACAGAACCAACCAGGUCACAGAGUCCAUGGAAUCACUCAUUGAUGAAGGGACGGAGAUGAUGGACGGACAGCUGAUGGGGGAGUUUGAGGCAGAGGCCAAAGAGCUGGAGGCUGAUUCGUGGAGUUUAGGUGUGGAGCAGCAGUACCUGCAGCAGCUGGACAAAGAGCUGGUGAAGAGACAAGAUGUCAUCUACGAGCUGAUGCAGACAGAGAUGCAUCACAUCCGGACAUUGCGUAUAAUGUCAGAAGUCUACAGUAAAGGCCUGCAGAAGGAGCUGCAGGUAGAGCUCCAGACAGUGGAGAAGCUGUUCCCGGCUCUAGACGAGCUCCUGGAGCUCCACACGCAGCACCUCCUACGCCUCCUGGAGAGGAAGAGGGAGUGCCACCUGGAGGGGGGGUACCUGGAAGGAGGAUUUAUCAUCAACAGGAUAGGAGACAUCCUGGUCAACCAGUUCUCAGGAUCCAACGGUGACAGUAUGAGGAGGAUUUACGGAAGAUUCUGCAGUCGCCACAAUGAAGCCGUCAACUUCUACAAGGACCUACUGACCAAAGACAAACGCUUCAAAGCCUUCAUCAAAAAAAAGAUGAGCAGCAGCAUUGUGCGGAGGCUUGGUAUCCCAGAAUGCAUCUUGCUGGUGACCCAGAGGAUAACAAAGUACCCGGUGUUGAUUCAGAGGAUGCUACAGCACACUAAAGAGGGCGAGGAAGACUAUGAUGACCUGACGGAGGCUGUUCGGCUGGUGAAGGAGGUGAUUGCAGCGGUUGAUAGCAAGGUGAACGAGCACGAGAAAAGGCGGCGUCUGAAGGAAUUCCACAGCCGCAUGGACAGUAAGUCCAUCAUGAUGAUGAAGAGCGGUCAAAUUUUCGCAAGGGAGGAUCUGCUGAGGCGGAGGCUGAUCCACGACGGAGCGCUGCAGCUGAAGAACAGCCAGGGAAGACUAAAGGAUGUUCAUGCUCUGCUCCUGUCAGAUGUCUUUGUCUUCCUCCAAGAGAAAGACCAGAAAUAUGUCUUCGCCAUGCUGGACCAGCGCUCCACAGUCAUCUCCCUCCAGAAGCUGAUCGUCAGAGAGGUAGCUAACGAAGAGCGCGGCCUCUUCCUCAUCACAGCAGGCAUCGAGAAGCCGGAGAUGAUGGAGGUCCUGGCCAGCUCAAAGGACGAACGCAACACCUGGAUGCAGCUCAUCCAGGAAGCCAUGCAGUCCAUGGAGAAGGAUGAGGAUGAAGGGAUUCCCAGCGAGACAGAAGAUGACAAGAGGCAGCUGGAGACUAAAGCGAAGGAGAUGAGAGAUUUGUUGAGGCAGAAAGACACAGAGAUCAUGUCUCUGUUGGAGGAGAAGGUGCGGCUCUUCAGGGGGAUGUGGGAGGGCUUGAAUCCAGGUGAGGAAGCCUGCCAGCGGGUUGAGCCUUUCUUCAGGGCAGCCUGCAGCCAGGAGCCACCCAGGGGGGCGUCCAUCAUGAAGGAUGCCCUGCUGGAAGUGGAGACGUUACAGGCUCUGGUGAAUGGCAGCCUGGGUGGGGCGAUGGCCAGUGUCCAGGAGGGAGGAGGCGUGGGUCCGGUGUGUUUGCCCCGUCGGGCCGAGACCUUCGGAGGCUUCGACAGUCACCAGAUGCACAGCAGUAAGAGUGGAGACAGAGACGAGGGCGAGGAUACGGCAGGAGAUCUGCGCAGGACGGAGUCUGACAGUGUUUUAAAGAAGGGAGGAAACGCCAACCUGCUGCUGCUGCUGAAGAGGAACAGUGAGCAGGUCCUUCACAGCGUCUCCAACCUGCAUCUCCUGCUCAGCACUCUGCAGGCGGUGGUGGUCCAGCAAGACAGUUUCAUAGAGGACCAGCGGCAGGCCCUGAGCGAGCGCUCGUCCUCCUGCACGUCUCUGUCGCGGCCGUCCUCGCGGCCCAGCUCCCUGAUUGAACAGGAGAAGCAGCGCAGCCUGGAGAAACAGCGGCAGGAGCUGGCGUCCCUGCAGAGACAGCAGGCAGCUCAUGCUGAGGAGAAGAGGAGGAGGGAGAAGGAGUGGGAGCUCAGGGAACAGCAGCUGAAUGAAAGGGAGGUGUUCGUGCACUUACAGCAGGAGGAGGAGGUACUGAAGCAGCAAAAGCAGCUGGAGGAGGAGAGGCAGGGGCUGCAGAGUAAGAAGGAGGAGUACCAGAGAGACCUGGAGAGGCUGAGAGACGCCCAGAGGAAGCUGCAGAGGGACAGGGAGGCCGUGCAGCGGCAGCUCGACAAGAUGGAGGAGCUGCGUCUGGCUGAGCGGACUCCCUCUACGACGUCUGAUGAAUCCCCGUUCCCCGGCAGCUCCCAGUCUCUGGAGCUGGACCCACUGGAGCUCUCCUCCUCCUCUUCCUCCUCCUCCCUGCCUAGGCUGCAGCCCCAGCAGUCCAAGCCCAAAGGAAAAGGCCUCAAUCCCUUUACCUCAUCCUCCACUCACACCAACCUCAAGGGCAGCGAAGCCAACAACCAGAUUUCAAAGAGCCUGCUGCAGCUGGCCAAGAGCAAGAGCAAAGAGGGCAAGGAGAAGAAGAAGAAGAAGGGCAAAGGGGGGAGUGCACAGACCUCAGACUCCCAGCACCGCCCUGAGCCUCCCUUGGACGGAGAGAUCUUCUUCUGCUGAGAGAGGUGGCUCUCCUCCUCCUCCUCUUCCUCCUCCUCCUCCUUCUGCUCCUCCUCAUCAUCAUCAUCACACAAUUUAUUACACAGUUCUGGCUUCCUGAGCGAUGUGUUAUUGCUCAGUAGUAACACAUAUUACUGCAGUGUUCUACCAGGCUUUUUUGGCACCUUUGAAAUCACCUUGAAAAGACUUUUAAGUCCACGUUCUGAAUCACAACAUAGAACUAUUUGACAUUACGUGCAAGAAAAAGAAAAAAAUAGUAUUUUCUUGCAUUUUUAAAUCAAAUAACACUUUUAGUUUCCAUGUUUAGUUUCCAGAAAGUAGAUUAUUUUAGGGAUUCGGUUAUCAAGUGCAAGUCGGCAUACAUACUCAGUGCAUAAAAAUAAGGAACAUGGAUUAGCUGUGCACUUUGGGGUAUUCUCUGUCCAAAAGCCCUGUUUCAUUUUCCAAAGAAGCCGUUAUGAUUUCUUCGUUUUGAAGAAAAAUGUACAUUUGUGACAGCUCUGUAUCGCAAUGAAAACAUUUCACAGUGGAUUUCCUCACAAGCUCCACCAAGUACGUUAUGGGCCCGACUGCCAUCCUGUAUUUGUGUCUCUUAUGGCCCCAACCGGCCCCUCUUUUUCAGUCCCACACCAACACGCUGUUUUAUUAAUUUACAGAAGCAGAGCCGUUUCCAUGUGUCUUUAACCGCACAUAAAAAGAUACAGAGACAUCCAAGUGCCACUUGGAAACAGAUACGCAUGUCAACAAGUUCCAUGUGGCACUGGAGACGCCUCUCUCCUACUCAUCUUCAUUGAUAAUGGAGGACUGAAACCACAGAGGAAAAUCUGCCUAAACUUUGUGUCCUGGCAACAUUUCUUAAUCAAUGUUUUCAGUGUUUGUUCCAGUGUUUCCUUCCAAAAAUGCUUCUGUAUAAAUCCACAGUGAAAGAAAAUUGGAGCCUGACAUUCCUUUACUCACAAUUUGAAAAACAGAUGUGAUUACGUGCUCUAAUUUUGUCUCCAGUUUGUAAGCAAAAUGGAAUUGGCGCAUGAUAACUUCAGUAAUCCUCUAUAAUGAUUUUAUGCCAUCAAUCACGUUCCGUGGUGAGGUUUUAAUUUAUUUGAAUUAGGGAUAUCUCCAUUUUGGAGUUUAACUCUUCAGAUGUGCGUGUCUAUUUUUCCAGACUCAACAGUAAUGAAAGAAUUGAGACAUAUCUCCCUGUGUCUAAUGGCUCAGUUCAUAUCCUUUAGUGUGUUUUAGAGGCUUGGAUGGAUAUUAGCUUGAUCCUCGCUUUAUCUGCCUGUCAAUGGGCUUUUAUGCAGCCCUCAUCUUUCAUCUGAGCGCCGACGAGCGGGGCUUUCCUUCGUUUUUUAAUUGCAUGUGACUCUGCAGGUAGCAUACUAAUGGCCUCUGUCUGUUAAAGAGUUCAACUUUCUCUUUCAACCUCCCUCUUUCAUUUCUGAUAAUAGACUCAUAGUAGACGCACACGGCUGAUGGUUUUAGGAAAUGGAGCCUGUUAAUUUAGGGACAAAGCAGCUGGUUAGAGAAAAUGAGAAAGGACAUUAAGUAAAAACACCAGAUGAUGUUAUGUGUCCCUGUUUAAUGACUAAACCAGACACCACCCAAUUCUCUGAUCAUUUCAAAUUAAUCAACACAUCAGUGUUGUUAAGCACUUUGUUCCUAAUAUGUUGAUGCAUUUUCUUUUUUUUUUUAUUAUCAGUAUAAAAGAUCAGUUGAGAAGAUCUUUGUGUUCUGGGGAAUUGUAUAAUCGAGGGCACUGAUGCUCAUGAAAAGCACAAUGAUCCAAAGCGAGAUAAUUUGUUAAAGUACAUAAAAGAUGCUGCGGUUCCGUUUUGUUAGCGUGCUAAAUUUAAAAAGGGGCUUGUAGCUUUUAUGUAAUGUUUCCAAGGUGACCUGUCUGACCCGUCUUAAUUUUCAAGCCUAUGUUUCAGCGUCACUAACUCCAUAGUGGGCCACACAGCUACCUGCUGGACAGGUAGGAAGUAAAAACAACAAAAAAAAGCCCUUUUCCAUUGAAUUACAGAGCAGCGUCACUGAUCUGCUUCCUUGCUGCCUCUUUUGUCUAAUGUUUAAGUGCUUGAUUGUUAACUUGUCGUCUGUAUUGAGGAUUGGACUUCCUGUCCUGGAUGGUUUAUCAUAGUGUGUCUUCUAAGAGGCUUACAUGGCCAGCCAAUUAGUUGCUUCAUGUCUUUUGUUUAUGGCUUUUGGUGUAAUCCUAUCAAAGAACCAGAGAGGAAUGUUUUUUUUUUUUUUUUUUUUUCCUGUUGCUUUAGGUGUGUUUUGACCACUAGGGAGCACUGCACCUAUGAUUAAGUGAGUUCCAUCCUUUACACAAUAACAGCCACCAAAAGUAUGAAACUGCUCUGUUGCUUUUUUUUAUUAUUAUUAUUUUUUAUACAUCUUCUCCCUGCUGUGCAAAAUUGACAUAUUUUUCUCAGCAGGUCAUUGCCGUACAGAGAUAAUGUGAUGAGCGUGGGCUCUCUCACUCUGACAUUUUCCCCACGGCAUUUGUAAUUGACUGCAGAAACAAAUAAGUUGUCAGAGACUGUAAUUGGUUAUUCAGUGGAACCAGUCAGCAUCAGCUUUAAUAUGGAAAAAAAAAAGGAAGGUCUAACAGUUGGAGGGAGCGACCGGGCAGAACCGCAAAC